AUGCUGAGAUCUUCCGCUCCUCUGCGUCGAUUCCUGAGUUGCCGGAGCUUCUCCUCGACGAGCUCGGAGAAUAUCGUGGCGGCGGUGCUGUUCGAGAGAUUGCCGGUGGUCAUCCCCAAGAUCGAUCCGGUCGUCUACGCUUUCCAGGAGUUCUCGUAGGUUACGCCCACAGCGGGAUUUGUCUUCAGAACGACAAUUUUUCGCAACCUGCAAUUGAAUAUACAUUGUUUGAAGGAGACUGAGGACAUGAGACGUCGAAAUCGUUGUUAUUUUUUUUUUAGGUUCCGAUGGAAACAGCAAUACCGGCGAAAGUACCCGGAGGAAGUCUUGUCAAAAUCCGACGCCAAGUGAGAUUCGUGUUUUUAUCUUGUGAUCCGACUUCUUGGAUUAGUUUGCGCGAGGAUGAUUGUUAUGUCGCUCUCUGACGACGGAAAGGGCGGUAGUUUUUUAACCGCUGCGAGGGAUCUUUUUGUGUGUAAACAGUAUGCGCAUUCUAAGCAAUUUCUCGCUAUCUUCAGGGGAAAAGGCGACUACAAAAUCGAUUACGAGCCAGCUCCUCGGGUGACAGAAGCUGAUCGAACGAAUGAUAGGAGGUAGUCAAGAUACAUGUCUUUGAUCUUUGCAAAUGCCUCUCGAAGUUAUUAUUUUUUACGUAACGGCAGGUUAUCUGAAUUGAAUCAUAAUUUCUUCUGCUCCUGGAUGUUUAGGUUGGUGUUUCUAUCUUCUGUAAUGAAAUCAUAGUUCCACCAGCAAAAUUCCUUGAAAUUAAACGACUCAGACGUAUGAACCUCUUGUUUUAGGAAAUAAAAAAAAUCCAAGAUAUGAUUAAAGAUUAAAGUGGAUCUUGGCCAGGCAUGUACUAGAAAUGGAUGUAUAAUGGAGAUUUUUAUGAGCUAAUUUACAUCGGUUUGCUACUGAUUUCCAGAGGAGGAUUUUUUAGAUUAUUUAAGUGAAAUGAAUAAAGUGGACCGUACCUAUGAGGUGAAGGAAGUCUGCAUAUAGAAACAACAGGCGUCAGUCAAGUCAUUUUGCAUUCCUACUUGUUUUGCAAUGCUUACCUUUUGAGUACUGAAAAUAAAAUCCUACGAAUACUACGAUUUAAGUGGUGUGAACGGGGCCCUAGAUCUGAUGUUAAAUAACAUUUGAUUUUGUUAGAUCCUAAAACGGAGCUUCUAGUAUAGAAUCAACUUGUCCCCUUGCUUGUCGGUUCCUUUAAUUUCUUGUACUGUAUAUGUUGGCCAAAUGGUGCAUAUACAUGUCACAUAGGUGUUCGACUUGAUUUAACCAUAGGUUUGGCUUUAAUAGGUGUCCAAUAUCCGAGAAUCUAAUCCAAAAGAAAUAAUACUUUGGAAUAUUGAUUCCUUGACCAAUGUUCUCAACUUACCUAUUUCAACCUCAUGUAAUCAUAUUUCAGACAAUAUUUGAUUAGAGCAUUGGUUACGGGUUAAUUUUAAUAUCCUCCAGUUUAUCAUUGUUCAGGUCAUCAAAAUUGUUAAAGUAUAUACCAGUCCGCCCCGCCCUUUAAAAUUCAUUCUUCAGACUGUGUUAGAUUUUAUAAACUUUUACACUGUUUGAGAGAUUAAGUUGACAUAUGUUGAAUAAAUUCAACAAUCUCUAUGCUACUUGCACGUUUGUAAUUUUGUUUCAGAAUUCAGUUGUUCUUUGUAAAAAAAAGGAAAAAAUGGAGAAUGAAACAGAUGUGUGACAGCGACACUGGUGCAACUUAAAUGGACGCUUUUGGAUUAUAAGCCAUCAGUUCCUUGGUAUUUUCUUUGAGGUACCACAUGAAACUGCUUGUUCGUCCAAAAACAUCUUUGCGAGUUCAGCACUUUGCUUGUGGUUUAUAGCAUCUUUUUCUUUAACAGGUGAUGUGCAGUCAAAAUAUCACUCGAAACUGACAAAUCUCAAUCAUGUAUUUUGACACCAACUAGAAGUUCAAAGGUCUAAGGUCUCCCCUUGAUUUUCAUAUGGCUGCACUCUAGUGCAUCUUCAAUUCCAGAAAUCAUCCUCAAAUUCACAACUCGUAUAUGCAUCUGCGAGUAUAUUCUUAAUAAAAGCAUAUCCUUUAUAAUUACUAUAUUGAGCAUUCAAUGCAAUAAAUGGUUACGAAUUAAAAUAUUGAUAACUAGUGCAUAUAUUUUUUAUGUUUAUCCGAUGCUAUUUUGAUAUAUUUCUAUGCUAUCUUAAUGGGUUUCCAUUGAAGGUCAUUAAAGAGAGCACUUGAUAGAAGGCUGUAUCUUCUCCUGUACGGAAACACGUUUGGAUCUUCUUCUGACGAGCUUUCUUGGCAUUUCCCUGAGAAACUCUAUGAAUCAGAAGAGUCAAUGAGGAAGGUAAUUACCACAAUGCCCUUUUUGUGAAAGCUUUCGCUUUCAUUCACAACACUCACAAAUUGACUAUUAAUAGAAACUAACUACGCUUAAAGAAAAAUAUCCCUCGCCGUUCUUCAUAAAUUCACAAUUUCGAAGUUUUCAUGCUGUUCAUUAAUCUUUGCAGUUUUCAGUGUGCAGAGUCGGCAUUGAAAUCUGUCAUCGGUGACCUUUCUCACACAUACUUUGUUGGCAAUGCUCCCAUGGCCCACAUAUCUGUCGAGCCAGCACAUGCUGCCCCUGAAUGUCCAUCCCUCAAGGUACCCUCCACUGCUUCCUUUUCUUAUCUCUGGUUUGUUCCUUUUUUCUCUAGUGCUAUGCUUACAACCUAUUUUUGGUAAAAAAAAAUAUAAAUCGGUUGUUAAUGAUUUAAUUUUUCCAAACGAAUUUAAUCGUCGAUAUUUAGAAUUCAAUCAGAACACAUCGGAAAAACCUUCUUGGAAUGAGAUGUAAAGAAAGAAGUGAUACAGACUGCUCCCUGCUCUCCAAUUAUCAUAUUGCUGUUGAAUCUGUUCUAAGAUAUUCAUUUUUUAUUGCACAUUUUAUGGUUAAAAGUGAUUUCAGAAUUUAUAUAAAUACCGAGAAAAAUAAAAAGAUACGAGUUUUAGGGCUGAAAUAAUUAGAAAAAAUAUUUAUUUAGUAUAACCAUUUUGAAUCUUCUGUGUCCGAUUACUUUUUCUUUUUUCGAUAUAUAUUUUGCUAAUCUAAAAAAAAAAUGCAGAGAUUCUUCUUCAAAUCACAAGUGGUUGGUGCCGACAAGUACAGCGUUGGAAAGUGCAGGGACUUUGCGUGGCUCACCAAGGACGAACUGAUUGAGCACUUUCCCCAUCAAGCAGCAUUCCUCAAUCAGAUGAUCAUCAGCUGA